GUUCCCACACAGGCGCAUUUCUCGAUGCAGAGCUUGAUCCCUUCCUGGUUUGUUUGGCUUGAGUGCUGCUGGAGAUGGAAACAAGCUGGGAAAAAUUGCAAAAGAAACCCGUUCGCCUCAUUGCAGCAGCCUGCAACGACAUGGGGAUCGGGAAAGAUGGAAAACUGCCCUGGGAUUUACCGACUGAAUUCCAGUACUUUGUGAACACUGUCAAAACGGUGUCAAGACCAGGAAGGAUGAAUUUUAUGGUUUGGGGUAGACUCUGCUGGAACUCCCACCCUGAAUCUUUGUUUCCACUUCCCAAUAUUUUGCAUGUGGUGUUGAGUAAAACCCUGGACACGGUUCCCGAUCACGCACACUUCCUGUGUCGAGACUUUGACAAUGCCAUCCGCCUGGCUGCAGAGCCCCCCCUCGCUGACUUAAUAGAGACCAUCUGGAUUGUUGGUGGAGUGCAGGUUUACAAGGAUGCAUUAAACCACCCUUGGUGUGACCUGCUUUACCUGACAGACGUCAUGGCUGACUAUGACUGUGAUGUGUUCUUCCCAGAAUUUGACAAAAAUCUAUUUCAACUACAGGAAGGAUUUCCCGGUGUGCCAAGUGAAAUUCAAGAGGAGAAUGGCAUUAAGUUCAAAUACCAAGUAUUCAAGAGAGACACUGCUGACACUGUGUAGAAUACCUUUUUUAAUUAAAGAAAUGCCAAUGUCUUAAAAAAGACUUUUAGUAAUGUAGUCGAUGAAUAAUUCAAACCGUAUAAAUGUGACUUCUUUGUCUUUGCAGUCCAUAGCCACUUUAAGUACAGACACUCCAACAGUGCUGCAGUGCUUGCUGCUCAACUAUUUUACUUUUUUUAGUUUCUGCUCUUUUUUAAGCUACUAUAAUCAGAUCUGGCAUGUCACUUUCUCCUGUUGCCCUGUCGUUUGGCAGUGUUCCUAUCUCGUCCUCCCACUCAGUCAUUUUAAUGCAGCGCAGAAAAUGUGCUUGAGUCAGUCAGCAGCCUGCAUCAAUGCCAGUACUCCAGGUAUCACAGUAGAUCUAUUACCCUUUCAGUCAGCUUGACAGGUGCCUGUUUAGAAAGUGAUGAUUUAAUAACUCCACCUGUGUGCUUUCACAUUAUAAUAUGUCUUAUUUAAAAUGUUACUGCUUAAAUCCAUAGUCCAAAAUAGUGAGACUCGUAUUUGUUGAUACCGACUUUUCUUGGGAUGUUUUUAAAGACGGAACCAUAAGUACAUGGUGAAUUUUUAAUAGAGAAGUAAUUGACACUGUUUGUAUGUUUUUCCCAGUUUUAAUAAAAUACUUUACUCUUA